GUACUGUAGGCUCCAGCAGGCAGAGACAACUGGGAAAAAUACUGUAGGAGAUGGACCCAACUCAUAGUUCCAAUCUUUACUUUGGUAAGGAAGGAAUACACUGAAUAUUUACCUCUCAACACAGCCUUUUCACCUAUUCCAGCGCUCUGAAGUUGUACAGGAUGCAGUCAAGCGGUGUACGGUGAAGGGAGAGCCUGCCGGGUGAUGGGACAAUUAUUCCACGACACUUGUUUCACCUGCAGCGUUUGCAGUAAAAAGCUCAGUGGCAAGGCAUUUUUUACAGUGUCUGGAAGGAUCUAUUGUGAGGAUGAUUUUUUGUACUCAGGAGUUCAUCCAUCCCCAGAUGUGUGUAACAGCUGUGGGUAUUUAAUCAUGGACAUGGUCCUGCAGGCUCGUGGGAAGUCCUACCACCCGUCUUGCUUUCGCUGUGUCGUCUGCAGACAGAGCCUGGAGGGUCAGCCCUUCUCUGUGGACACAGACAGCAGGGUUUACUGUGUCAGCGACUACCACAAGCUGAGACUUCUUCAUGGUUUCAGGGUCCAAGCUCCCCGGUGUGCUGCCUGCAGAGUUCCCAUACUGCCAACUGAGGGGUCUACAGAGUCUAUUCGAGUGGUAUCAUUUAGCAGAAAUUACCAUGUAGAGUGCUACAGUGGUGAGGUUAACCUCAUUUGAGGACAGGAGCAGGUUGACAUACAUCUCCAUGUGUUUUUCUGCUGAUCUUGUUUUGUAAAUGUAAAACAUCAAAAAGAAGAUAAAUGUUUAAGUUGCACAAUUUCCUGUCUGCAAUUAAGUUUGCUCCAAAUAGUUCCUGAGUAUUGUUUUGUGCUCUCUGUUUCUUGUUGGCUUUGUGGUCUGUAUGAAAUGAUAAAAACAAAAAUGAUGAACAUUAGAUUAAGUAGAGUAAUGGUGUCAUUUAAUGGGUUUCAAACAGAUGACCCACAUUUCACUUCAUACUAAGUAACCUUUAAUACAUGCUUUAGUGCAAUGAAGACCUCCUUUUUGUUGUCUUUUGAUGUUUUAGGUUUUAUUUGUGAAUUUUAAUUCAACUUUUUAACUCCAUGAAAAGAGAUACCCUGUUGCAAAGGCUCAUUGAUCUUGGUGUUAAUGUUGACUUAAUUAUGUGGAUUAAAAAAAUAUUCUCGUUCACAGAAGAGUCAGUGUCAGUGGAAUAAUGUUUGACUUGCUCAUAAUAAGGACUCAUACUGGUACACAAAUGAAUUUAUGGUGAAAGAGCAGGGUUUUUGUUUGUUUAAGUAUGCAGGUGACGUGGCCUCAGUUGCCCUUCUUCAGAAAACAGAUUCCUUAACUGGAUCUGUGUAUUUGUCCUAAACACAAGCUUUUCAGGCUUGGUGCUAAAGUAGGAAUUUGGAGAUUAAUGUUUCAUAACAGGGCCUGUUGUACUUGAUGGCCAACUUAUUAAAACUGUUUCAAAUAUCUCGGUACAGUUCUAGACUCGCAGGUGAACCUCUCUGAAGAUACCUGCCAUAUUUUCAAGAAAUGCACACAAUGGCUUCUCCUUCAGAGACUUAACUGCUUUCAAGUGAGCCAGUCAGUCUUGGAAAUAGUUUGCAAACCUCUGAUUGAGAGUGUUAACAUUUACCUGAAGUGCAGACUUAAGAGCAAACAGGCUAGAAUAGUUUACAUGACAAAAUUAAUUAGGAAAUGCCAGAGUGACAUGAAUACAGUCAGGAGGAGAGAUGAAGCCAUGACGUCCUUUAUUAUCUCAGUUUGAGACUCUGAAAUCUGGGAGGCGCUGUAAAAAAAAUAUUGCAAGUGUUUUAUAAAUUUUAAAUAAAUAAAAAAAUCUUGCUCCACAGUAUUUUAUCUGACGUUUUGCUUUGU